GUUUUGGUGAGUAGUGGCAGUGAACAGACGCAUGUCGCGAAACCGCGCAUCUCGCUUCUCCAAAAUUCUCGUUCGCGCAUCUCUCUUCCUCCAACCUUGAGCGAAGCGAGAAGUUGGAAACGACGAUUAACUGAUCAUGGCAUUAUUCGAUAAUCCGAAUCGAGGAACUUACGAUACAUCCAAACCUGAAUUACCAAACCUACUUUCGGGAUGGGACAGUAUUUUCGCCUCGCAGCUCCUCGAGCAAGAGAGGCCCUUUCUGGGGGACACAAGCUGGGGGAGAUUCUAUUUAAUACAUCACCCACAGUACUUGUGUACCUUCUCGCUGUCCCGGUUCAACCAAAGAAACGCCUAGCUGCUUCUGAGGUCGUUACAAAGGCCCUCAAAACGCCAACAGCUCUCCAGAGUGGCGGCCUCGCCUCAAGUUCAAAGCAGGAUGGCGCCAUUUCAAGUGCUAAACGCAAGGCAGACACGGAAGAGCAGCUCGAUUUCAGCCUCCGGAAUGGCAAACAAGCUAAAACUGAAGCUACUCAUACGCCGGCGACAUUUUGUGCCCUUCCAAGAGAACUCCACGAGUUGAUCUUUGGCUUCGUGAAGCGGCUCAAAGAUCUCGCUUGCUUUGGCCUGACGAACACAUACUUCUGGAACAUCAGUCACGAAAUCAUUCAGCACCGCUUCGCGUCGGAGCUAGGGACCUGGGCAGGGAAACAGAUUGUCAAUGUCGGCGACUACACUGCGCCCGGAGACUAUCCUCCUGGAUUGUUCUCGCCCGAGGAGGAGAAGUACUUAACAAACAAGCAGUUCCAAUAUUGUGAUGGCGCCGGUGAGCAGCAUCUGACACCGUUGACAUUGUAUCACCUUACCGAGUCUUCGAAUUUCGAGAUGGUGGAGGCCAAGGAGAUCUCCACGCAGUCAACGCGACUCUUGGGCGGAUUGAUGAUGCGUUGCCAAAAUUCCCCCACAGACAGUCGGAUAGUUCGCUCUAGAUCCAAGGAGAUUAUACACGCCAACGAUUCAGCAUUCUUGCCAAGGGACCAGGCUUGGAUUCUACGAAAUUUGACUACAAAAGAGUUUGUCACUGCGAUCGGAAUCGCCUUAGAUGCAAAAUACAUCGACGGGCCCUUCAUUGGCUGCAUAGGCUUUGGCGAGGUUGUCAUGUCUCGAAUCUGUUGGUCUUCGGAUCCAUCAAUCAGCAUGCGUUAUACUGGAGAGAUCUGGAGAGGAGUAUGGGCAGGGCAUCGCUUUGAUAUCACAACUGUCUCGCGACACGAGGAGAGUACCAAGAAUGAGAAAUGGACGGACGUGAGCAAGGAAGUUGCAGCAGAGAUUGCGGCUAUCUGGGAGAGCGAAUAUGGAGCAGAUUGGCGAAAUAUUUUUGCGCAUUAAAGCAUGCCCGUUAACACUUCUCCGAGGAUCACACAUGGUACGAGCAGCGUCUAGAAAGUUUACAUGGCUCAAAGCUCAAUGUUGCCUUACUACUCAGAGUACUACUCAGAGAUCUUCUACAAACACCAGUACACGACUUAAUAGUGUCAGAGGCUGGCACUUAAAUAAAAAUCGUUUGCGAACAGGAGAUUGAGGGUAGGACAUUGAGGAUAGGGCCAUGAGGAUAGGGCCAUGAUGAAUCUAUACCCCCG